AUGGCUUCCAACACCAUCGCUGCCCCCAGUGGAGCAGAGGGAGAACAGCAGCGGGAGCAGACCAUCACCUUACAGCCAACCAGCGCUGAGCACCAAGAGACAGCCCCUGACUCCAGCCAAUCGGAAUCCAAAGACCACUUGGCAGUAAUCAGCGAGAAGAUGGAGACCAGUAAAUAAAUAUUAGACAACCUCCCCUCCUCCACCAUACCCCCCCUCCCCCGCUCCUUCUCCUCCACCCAUCCACCCCAACUUCAAAUGAACACCCCUCUCAACACUUUGACCUCAUCUCUGUUGUUGUGAUCUACGACUCUACGAAUGUUUAUGUUCUAGAGAUGUCCCCUCACUUCCCCUUCUCAUUUCCCUGAGUGUCUGGCCCUGUCCGUCCGGGAAUCACUGAAGACAGAUGCAUGAUUUACAGAUAGCAGCCUCCUCUUCUCUUCAGCACCCUUUCUUUUUUCAAUGACUCAAUCCCUCCAUUUUUUUCAUGAGCAUGGCCUUAUUUUAUUUUAUUCUAUUGUCAUUCGUAUUCCAUUAACCCAGUUCAAUGUAACAUUGAUAGGUUUAGGCUACUACAUGAUACUUGAAUUUUCCCUAUACCCAUCAUGAGGUUUCUACAACCUAGCCUAUGAAUGAAAGUUUACAAUGUAGGUGCACACAGGUUGAGAGAAAAAUUUGAGGAGACAGACUGACACAUUCAAUACCGCCUUCGACACUCUUGCUUGGAUCUAGCUGAUAUAGGGUGUAAUCAUUAGUCCAACAGUUGCAAACGAGAGUUUCUAUUGGACAAAUUCAGGUAUGUUUAUCCCCAUUUUGUUCCGUUUGCUUCCGUUUAAGAAUUGUUUUUCAACAGAAUUUGCGGAAUGAAUACACCCCUGAUCACUUUCAUAGCAACCACAUUGUAUUCCUUCUCUUCUCCUUCUUUUGUAUUGAAGUCAAUGUACCCAGACGAGGACGGAAUCUAGCUGUCCUCUGGUUACACCAUGGUGCUACCCUACAGAGUUCUGUUGAGGCUACUGUAGGCCUUCAUUGCAAAAUAGUGUGUUUUAAUGAAUAAUUUGGUGACGUGAUUAUAUUUAGUAUAGUUUUAUCUAAAAAUUAUAACUUUUUUAAUGUUCUCCCCUUUCUCCUCUGAGGAGCCUCCACUGCUAUACAUACUUUACAUUGUUUGCGAGAUCAGACACAAUAUCACUAUAAUCCGCAUGUUCAUUUUUGGAAAUUGCUUUCAUUUCAGCGCAUCUAAUUUGUUAACAUUUCAACUGCAGCAAAUUAUUACUUUUUUCAAUUCCACAAAAAAUUAACAGCCAUCUUUAUUCUCUUUCUUGUGAUGUGUCGAGAUGUGUUAAAUCUCAGACAAAGCUUUAUGUUUUCCAUUGAGCCCAUUACCGGGGUGUUUGACAGGUCAUUACAAAAAUGUCUGCCUUCGUAACGUUAACAGGAAAAAAUGACAGGUACAAGCAACAGUAUGAAAGAGUCACAGGAGUAAAAUGAAAGCAAUCAAUCCAGCAAGAUUUAAGUGACAAGUGGAUUUUGCACCACUCAAAACACACAAAAUAGAUGGCUGAAAAAGACAGAUCCUCAGGUGGGCGGGGCAUGCGCGUUGCUAAUGGCAGCUUCUUGUCAUUGCUGCUAGUUAUCUGACUGUUCAGAAUCAUAAUAACGCACACCUUCCAGACACAUUUAUACGCACGCAUAGUUUUCGUGCAGUUGGCAGCCAACCCGUCUACAGAUGUUGAAUCAUGUCUGGAUUCCCGAUUUUGGUGAUGAAACGAUGAGGACAUUCUCCCAUUCCUUCUUCCUCCCUCCUUCCCUCUCCUUGCCACCCUCUACCCACCCUACUACAGGUAAUGGAAUGUGUGCUGCCGACUCCUCGCCCACAUCUUCCAUUUCGUCCCCCAAGCGACUGCAACACGCCAAACCAACCAACGGCCGGGCGCGGAAAGGAAGCCGCUCGGGGUCCCUGCUGGGUCAUGGGGCAGGGUCUCCCAGGCCUUCCAUCAGCCGUCAGCCCAGCACCGUGCCAGAGGAGGACGACGGCAAGCCCCCUAGAGACUACCUGAUCCUGGCCAUCCUGUCCUGCUUCUGCCCCUUGUGGCCCAUCAACAUUGUGGGUCUCGUCUUCUCUGUUAUGGUGAGUGGAAAUGUGAAGUAUUUGACAUGUGGUUGGUAAGUGUUGUCUGUGAUGAAAUGCGUGUGUGUGUGUGUGUUCAUGCGUGCGUGUGAUAUCUUAGAAACACCACAAAGAUGAACAGCAGAAAGCAGUGGGAGGCCGCGGUGUGUUAGUGAUCACCUGCUGGGAAAUGAACAGAAAAUGAUGGCCAAUGUUCUGAUCAGAAGAGAUAGGAGUGCCACCCACUACUUUUAACCUUUUGUCUUCACAGUGUGUUUUGCCUGUGUGUCUGUCUCUCCGUCUGUCUGUCUGUCUGUCUGUGUCUACCUGCAUGCAUGGGUCUAUUUGUGUGUGUAUGUUGAAGCAGGGGUAUGUGAAUUAUUUACUGUGUGUAUUUAUUUACAUGUCAUGUCUGUCUUCCUCAUGCAGUGGCCCUUUAUAUUCACCAACUAGGGUCCCAAAAUUCCCAGGUUUUCCAGAAAUCCCAGAUUGUGGAUUCCUGGGUUUCCUGCUUAUUCCCUCCUGAUUCCAGGAGUCUUUCAACCAGGAUUUCUGGACAACCUGGUAAUUUUGGGAAACUUACCAGCAUUUUGUAACCUAAUCAAUAAAAUGUCUCCCCAUUCUCCAGUCGAGGAAAAGCCUACAGCUAGGGAACGUUGACGGGGCGCGGCGUCUGGGCCGGAACGCAAUGGUGCUGUCUAUCGUCUCGCUAGUUGGCGGGGUCAUCAUCAUCAUCGCGGCCAUCGUCUUAAACUGGGGA